GGACAGUCCAUUGUCACCACGGUGGCUUUUUGGGGACAUCACCCCAUUACCACCACGACCGUUUUUGGGGACAUCAGCUCAUUGUCACCAAGAGGCUCCUCAAGGACACCCCAGUGUCACCGUGGUGGCUUUUUGGGGACACCCCAUUGUCACCCUCAUGGACCCUUGGGGACAUCCCAUUGCCACUAAAACGGGGUUUUGGGGACGCUCCAUUGUCACUGUGGCGGCCCUUGGGGACACCACUCAUUGUCACCACCAUGGACCCUUGGGGACACCCCGCUGUCACUAAAAUGGGUUUCUGGGGACACUUUAUUGUCACCAAGGUGGCUCCUCAAGGACACUCGGUUGUCACCACGGCGGCUUUUUGGGGACAUCACCCCAGUGUCACCACGAUGGCUCCUCAACAACACCCCAUUGUCACCGUGGUGGCUUUUUGGGGACAUCAUCACAUCGUCCCCAUGGUGGCUUCUUGGGGACACCCCAUUGCCACCAAAACAGAUGGCUCUUUGAGGACACUCCAUUGUCACCGUGGUGGCUUUUUGGGGACACUUUAUUGUCACUACCAAGGACCUUUGGGGACAGCCCAUUGUCACCAUGAUGUUUUUUGGGGACACCACCCCAUCGUCACCUCCAAUGACCCUUGGGGGACACCACUCAUUGUCCCCAUGGUGGACCCUUGGGGACAUCCCACUGUCACCAAAACGGCUUUUUGGGGACACUUUAUUGUCACCAAGGUGGCUCCUCAAGGACACUCGGUUGUCACCACGGCGGCUUUUUGGGGACAUCACCCCAGUGUCACCACGAUGGCUCCUCAACAACACCCCAUUGUCACCGUGGUGGCUUUUUGGGGACAUCAUCACAUCGUCCCCAUGGUGGCUUCUUGGGGACACCCCAUUGCCACCAAAACGGCUUUUUGGGGACACUUUAUUGUCACCAAGGUGGCUCCUCAAGGACACUCGGUUGUCACCACGGUGGCAUUUUGGGGACAUCACCCCAUUGUCACCACGACCGUUUUUGGGGACAUCCCACUGUCACCGUGGUGGCUUUUUGGGGACACUUUAUUGUCACCACCGAGGACCCUUGGGGACACUCCAUUGUCACCACCAAGGACCCUUGGGGACACUCCAUUGUCACUGUUGUGUCUUUUUGGGGACACUCCAUUGUCACCGUGGUGGCUUUUUCGGGGACGUCACCCCAUUGUCACUGACACGGGUUUUUGGGGCCCCCCCGGGGUCCCCUCCAGGGCUCCUGGCGCCGUUCUGGUGCCACCUGGGUGUCACCUGGGCUCGGAGCACCUGGGGCUCCUUUUCCCACCUGUGCAGCUCCCGCAGCACCAGGAUUCCAUCCUGGAAUUCCGNCAUCAGCUGCCGCUCUGCCGCCUCCUCCUGCGCCGCUGUUGUGAGGACACACAAGAUGGCGGCGGCAUCGGGACACACAACAUGGCGGCGUCGCAUAGCAACCGCCGCUAUUGA